CCCGGACCACCGCGGCCGCGGCCGGGGGCUGAGGACUAUGAGCCCCGCGCCCGACCAGUCAGGCCUUGUUCGGGCCCCACCGCAGCCUCAGUGUCAAACCAGGAUAGAAAAGCUCAACCAAAAUUUAAGAUGUGAAGAGUCCUUUCUUAAAAGAAGAAAAAAUUGAUUGUUGGGACUAUGGAUCGGAGCAAACGGAAUUCCAUCGCAGGAUUUCCUCCCCGGUUAGAGCGUCUGGAAGAUUUGGAAGGGGGCAGUGGAGGGGAUGGAAAUGUGGCCCAGAUAGGAAGAGUGUGGCCAUCUUCAUAUCGAGCUCUCAUAAGUGCCUUUUCUAGACUCACACGUUUAGAUGACUUCACCCGGGAAAAGAUUGGGUCUGGCUUCUUCUCUGAAGUGUUCAAGGUGCGCCACAGAGUGUCUGACCAGGUGAUGGCUCUGAAGAUGAACAUUUUAAGCAGUAACCGGGCAAACAUGCUGAAGGAAGUCCAGCUCAUGAACAGACUCUCUCACCCAAACAUCCUGAGGUUCAUGGGGGUGUGUGUACACCAAGGGCAGUUGCAUGCACUUACAGAGUAUAUCAACUGUGGAAACCUGGAACAGCUCCUGGACAGUGACCAGCACCUACCCUGGACUGUGAGAGUGAAGCUGGCAUGUGAUAUAGCCAUGGGCCUUCGCUACCUUCACUUUAAGGGCAUCUUCCAUCGGGACCUCACAUCUAAGAACUGCCUGAUUAAGAGUGAGGAGAACGGUUACUCUGCUGUGGUGGCUGACUUUGGCCUGGCCGAGAAGAUUCCUGAUUGCAGUGCAGGAAGUGAGAAGCUGGCAGUGGUGGGCUCCCCCUUCUGGAUGGCCCCGGAGGUUCUCAGAGAUGAGCCCUACAAUGAGAAGGCUGACGUGUUCUCCUAUGGGAUCAUCCUCUGUGAGAUCAUUGCCCGAAUCCAGGCUGAUCCAGACUAUCUGCCCCGGACAGAGAACUUCGGCCUGGACUAUGACGCCUUCCAGCACAUGGUGGGAGACUGUCCCCCAGACUUCCUGCAGCUCGCCUUCAACUGCUGCAAUAUGGACCCAAAGCUCCGGCCCCCCUUUGCUGAAAUUGUAAAGACCCUGGAAGAGACUCUGAGUUGCUUACAGGAGGAAGGACUGGAGAAAGACAGCAAGCCUGUGUCCAUUGCCAAGGGCCUCCUGGAGAAGGGCCCCGGGGUGAAGCGGCCGAGCUCCCUGGACGACAAGAUUCCGCCCAAGUCUCCUCGCCCACGACGCACCGUCUGGUUGUCCCGAAGUCAGUCAGACAUCUUCAGCCAUAAAGCCCCACGUGCAGUGAGCGUGCUCGACCCCUCCUAUGUGCCCCACCGUGGUGAAGGGACCCACAUCCCCAAGAUCAAUCCUUUCAGUGCCCGCCAGGACCUCAAGGGGGGCAGAAUCAAAUUUUUUGACAUGCCCAGCAAGUCAGUCAUUUCUCUGGUGUUUGACCUGGACGCACCAGGGCCCGGGGGCUCUGGUGGGGGUAUCGGCCGGCUUCCUGCAGAAUGGCAGGAGCCUGUGGCUGCGCCUCUCCGCCGCUGGCGCUCUCUGCCCAGCUGCCCUGAGUUCCUGCAGCAGGCGGCUGGCCCCUUUGGGGGACGAGAGGAGACCCCUUUUGAGGGCCCCCUGCGGCUACUCAGCAGCCUUAAGUAUGGGGUCACAGAGAUCCCACCGUUCCGGGGCCCAGCCUCCUCACAUGCUUCGGAACAAGAAGCCAUGGACUGUUAUUGUACUGUAAGCUCCCAGGAGGAGAAUGGCUUUGGGCCCCUUGCCCCAGAGGCUAUGGAAGUGGAGGAUUCCCAGGUGCCCCAGAACUUGCUGCCCAGCCCGGCUGGGGCUGCAGCAGGCAGCAGGGGCAGUCAAGGGCAGAUAGAAUGUGAUGGGUGAGCCUGGCCAGGGCUUGGCCCCCUUUCCAGACCAGGGGGCCAGAGACUCUGGUUCAGGGCAACCUCUUACAAAACCUGAGCCUGGGCUCCGUGGUCUUGGGCCUUCUGUCCACCUCAGCCCUAGCUGAGGCCUGCUGCAUCCUGCCCCUCCUCAGGGAAUGGAGAAGAGCAGGUAUAUGGGGAGAGACAGAGUGGGCACAGGCAGCUAGCCUGCCUCGAGUGGGGCCCAGGAGAGCCAGACACUUAUCACUGGUCCAGAGCUCAGCCUCAGUUAAACCAAAAUCUAGGCUGGGAGCUACCGAGGCCCUCCAAACCUUGAACCAGCAUUCUCUACCGCCUCACCAAUCCCAUCUUCUGGUUGUUCUGGGGACCAGAUGGGCCAUCCCUCCCAGCUGACGCCAAAGGAGCAGCCUUCCUCACUUCCCAGCACAGCUCAGUCAGUUGCGGACAGGGCAGGGGGUGGUCACGCUAGUCCCUUGGUCUCUUCUCCGGCCCCACUGCAAGUCUCCAGGGGCCAUAAGCUCCUCUUUGGAGUCUGGAGCUAAGCUUUGAUGCAGAUAUGGACAAACCAGCAGCAGCAGGAGGGGAGAGGGCCAAGUCUCCCACCCGAGGACGUGGACACUUCUUGCCAGUACAUGACACUUGAAUUUCAAAUCUCGUUUGCACUUACUGCUCCAGUCCUACUGUCCCUAGGAUGGAUUCUAUGCAAG